AUGGCCCACUGCUUCGCCGCAUGCAAGCUCCUGAGCAGAGACAUGGACUCCUGCUACUCCGUGUCGGUGCUCCAGCGCAGCGUUGCUGUAUCGUCCGCUACGACGGCCACGGCGUUGCAUACUGUGACAACGGGGAGGGACAACAAGAACGCCAAGCCCAAGACGGAUGUCGGCGUGCCCACGCCCACGCCCACGCUCCGCUCCAGACCAGACCUCCAACUCGAUGGUGUCAAGGCUGCCCCACGCUACGAGCUCUUUGUUACGUCUAACAGCGGUGCCGAGAAGACCUUCCAGCUGUUCGCCAUGCACCAGGAUAAGGAUACCUGCAUCGGAGGUGGCGAAGUGGGCGAGCCCGGCGAAGCGCAGCAGACUGAGGAAAGGAUCAGGGGUGCAGGAGUUUCCUCAAUGGCCGAAGCUCUGGCGCACGCACUAGAGUCUACUGAAGCGAAGGUGCCUAAAGACGUCGAAGCUGCCGACGAGGCCCUAAAGAAGGAGGCAGAGGUGUCGGGGGUGGCGACGGAGCAGCCGACACUGUCAAGACUCACUGUACUAUGGUACAGUUAG